AUGUCGAAAAUUCUUACACCACCUAACGAAAGAUCGAAGAGCCAUGUAGAGCCACUGGGAGAGAGUCUUUUCGUAUUGGAGCAUUGAAGAUGGAGAACAACGAGAACAAAAUUGUCACCGCUGUUUACAUCUGGCAAGCUGAAAGAUAUGUUUCCACUUGUAGUAGAAUGUGCAGAAGACAUGGACAAAUGUUUGGAGAAAAUAGUGAUCGGUAACUGCGUCUUCGAAAUUGACAUGAGUGCUCUCUCGGACAAAGAAAGCGAAUUUCGUCGAAUGGGCAAAAAAGUGUUUACGCCUACCUAUCAACAACUAAUCAGAGAUAUCUACUUUUUUAGAAACGUGGUCAAAGAUACAAUAAAUUAUAGAAAGGAGAAUAACAUAAUUAGACAUGAUUUCAUCGACAGGCUAAUAGAACUUAAACAACACUCAGGGAAAAUAGAAAAUGUUGAAAUGACAGACGCGUUACUAACUUCACAAGCAUUCGUCUUCUUUGUGGCUGGAUUUAAAACAUCCUCGUCGGCAAUGGCUCACGCUCUUUACGAAUCAGCUCAAAAUCAAGGAAUACAGGAUAAGUUACGGGAAGAAAUUAGAGAAAGUGUUGAGAAACAUGGAAGAAUAAUAACGUACGAGCAAAUCAAGGAAAUGAAGUACAUGGACAAAGUAAUGAAAG